CAUUACCCUACAUUGCACAGCCAAACCAGAUAUGCAUGCAGAACUAAAAACAAAUUCCUUGAAACUAAAUUUCAACAUUUAUGGGAACUUUAGUUGAAACAAAAAAAACACCCCUUAUAUCUUCAAUUUAACCACAACAGAACAUUGUUAUCAAAUUGCAACCCCUCUCGAGGCAUGUACGUGCAUAUGUACUUGGAUACAAAACCGGAAUUGGAAGGGAUGGAGAAACAGAGAACAUGGUGAGAUAAGGUUUGUUUACAUUUUCAAAGUUCGAUGAAAUGGAAAAGAAGAAAAUAAAAAAAAAAAAAAAAACAAAACAGGAAGACAACGAUAGGCCGCAUUUGUUUUCAAAACAAAGAACACCGUGGCAAAGAAACAGAAUAACAACAACGACAAAAUGUAAACAAACACCAAAUGACGCUGACGUUUCAAUUCCAAUGAAAACAAAAAACAGCUGAUUUCAAAGAUAACAAACUCCGGCGCAGCUAUUGAUUUUUGGGGGUUGCUGUCGUUCGACGUUCGAGACAAAAUGGCAGUUGGAACAACUUAGAAAUGCACCCCCAGAGCGCAAGUACUUCAGAACAAGCAAAGCUCGUGAAGAACUAGGAAGGCUCUUAGUUUUAUUAAGCGUUGUCGCCAUAAAAUUGAACAAGUGCAGAUUAUGUAGAGGCACAGAAAAUCAAAUGGGAACACAACCAGCAGGAAAUAUUAACACGGUUUUAAUCUCCUCGGAAAAAAGUGAAAAUAAAAUGAAUUUAAAAUAAAAAUAAAAUGGAAAAAAAUAUUCUAAAUGAAGUGCAUAUCUACCAGAUAUGAAAAAAGGUUGAAAAGUUUCGAAAAAUUACCAUCGUAUUGCAAUUCUGUGUGUGUGAGCUUUUUUUGUAAAUUGUUAUUCCUUUUACUUUUCCAUAAUAAAAAAGGCCCCAAUAAAUGCUGCUGGAUAAUAAUGUACAACAAUUACCCACACCCAAAAUUUUUCUUGGGUCAUCUAGAAACAGUGUUGUUAUUGCCAUUGCCUCCUCCUCCUGCUUCCCUCUCAUUGCUGCUACUGUUCCAAGUGCUAACUAGUUAAACAGGGCAUCCAUUGAACCAAACCAACAAAAACAUCCACUUAAAAGUACAAAUUUCCAAUUCUCGUAACCUGUAAUACCUUUGGCUAACAUUCGCGUCUUAAUUGCGUUUGUGGGAAGACGUAGUGGUGGCAUUUGACAGUUGGCCAAAAUCCCCUUCCCCAGCCCCCUCACUAAACAAAAGUAUAGUGCGCGACGCGUAUGUAUUUGGUGUGUGGGAAGAUACAGUGAAAUUCUUCCACCACCCGUCCUCCGACCGUUUCGCGUAUCAAUUAAACGUGAAUUAAUCAAGCCAUCACAAGUUAAUCAAUUCAAAGCGAAUAAAGUCAUCAACAUGGAUAUAAAUCUCUCAAUGCUGAUAUUGUUAAGUUUUACAUUCUUUGUAAUCGGUGCCGUGUUUAUGCUGCUAUUUCAAUACUAUGUGUAUUUGAAAUUUUCCCUGUUGCCCGAGGAGACAGCCGAACAGAAGGAUAUAAAUGCCAAAUACACACUGCCGAAGGCACUACAUCAGACAGCACGUACCAUCAAUCAAACACCAUCUGCGGCAGCAACGGCAAAUGCCUCCUCUGGCGGUGGUAGUGGCGGUGGCACAAAGGAUGCCGAUGCAUCGUCGUUGAUGUCAUUGAAUUUUGUUAUGCAGUUCCUAUUUCACGAAUUGAAAAAUUCAAAUCGCGUGCGAAAGUGGUUUUAUCGAAAACUUUCGCUGGAGUUGGACGAGCUGAUAGCAAAAACAACAACAGGAAAAUUAUUCGACAAAUUAACGAUUAAACAACUUGAACUGGGCGAUCAAUUUCCGGAGAUAAAAACCCUAAGAGUUCACAAUAUUGAGCUAGAUGAGAGCGGUGAACGUAUUGAGAAUUUGGAUUUAUUAAUGGAAAUUCAUUACAUGGGCAAUUUCCGGACAUCUAUUGAUGCUGAUAUGGUGCUGGGCAAAAAGGGGUCACUAACAUUGAAGGUUAAACAACUUUCCGGUCUGGCCCGAUUACAAUUCACCCGUAACCCAUACACACACUGGUCGCUGAGUUUUCUUGGAGAUCCCGAGCUAGAUUUGGCAAUCGAAUCACGUUACCAGGGCCGGCAAAUGCAAUCGAACAUUACCAGUCUUAUAUCGAAUCAAAUACGCAAAGCCGUGCGACGCAAGCACACCUUGCCGAAUUACAAACUGCGCUACAAGCCAUUCUUCCACAAGACACCCGAGGAGGAUGUGGGCGAGGGCGAUAUACAACCCAACGGUAUGCUGGAGGUUAAAAUUUCCGAAAUAUCACGUCUUAUGUGUCCCACGCACCUGACCGACAUCUAUUGUACGAUUACGAUGGCCUCGUUGGCCUUCGUGGAAGCCUGGCAACAAGAUGAUCGCCAUGUGAAGGUCUCAUUAGACGUGGAAAUUCAUAAGGCCAAGAAUCAGCAAAUUGGCAUUAUAUUCAAGCAGUCAGCUGUCGAUUGUGUGGAAAUUGAGGCUGUAUUACCAAAUACUCCGGCGUGUAAGUCGAACCUUAAGGUGGGCGAUAUUCUGCUGGCCAUUGAGGGAAAGCGUGUCAGUUCGAUACAACAGGUGGCGAAAAUUAUCAAAAGUUUACAGGCCAAUGUGUUUUGUUUGCGUAUCGAUCGAGUGAUACCGGGCAUUAUACGUAACGAUGCCAUUUUGGAGGAUUUGGAUAUUUAUGAGGAUUUGGGAGAUGCCCGUUCGGGCUAUGGUACAACGCCACAAAAGACACCCGAACCGUUGGCCGCCGCACCAGUCAGUGCCAUACGUCCAACCCCGAUGGCGGAAAAGAACACCAGCAGUGAAUCGAGUCUAAGUAAUACACCCACAAAUUCCCCCAAAAAGACAAAGCUGAUAGCCAAAGCCCUCAAGAAGACCAUUAGUCGUGACCACGGCGAUGGCUCGUCGAAAGAUGACGACGGCAAACUGAAACCAUCAAAGUUGGCUGCCAAGCAGCAACUGAAUUUACCCAAAGUUCCUUCACGAACCAAUUGUGAAAGUCUCCUGGCCAACUUGUUACCCACCAGUAUGACCGCAGCCUCCGGAGUCCAUGAUGUGGAGCACUACUAUCAACAUUCGACGGUGGACUGUAAGCUGUCACGGCUCAUUCACAUGGAGGAUAUUUGUAAUUUCAAAUUGGAUCCGCAUUGUCGUUAUUUGAAUAUUUCCGUGUAUGGCAAGUGUGUGGGAGAGAAUCAGCUGCUGGGUUUCACCAACAUUCCGAUUUAUCAAAUUCUAGCGGAGUGUUGUGAGACUAGUUUAAGCCAGAGCUUUAAGACCUAUGAAUUAAAUCCACCCAUGCCGGAAGAUUUAAAAAAUCAUUGCCUAUCCUCUCAGUCGGGUUUUAAUCCAAAUCUAUGUUUUGGCGACAUUUUGCUGGCCUUUACCUGGGAUGGUAAUCCAAAUUUAUCGACAACGGAAACUCCAUCUAAACAGCAGACGAAGACAAAAUCAAAAUCCAUUAGCUCCGUGGACAAAACCGAUGAUAGCGGCUACUCUGACAAUAUUUCCAUUAAAUCCACAGAUACCAUAUCCUCUCAGCCACGUGCCCACAACUUUGUUCGCACCCAUUUCCAAAGGGCCACCCAAUGUGAUUUUUGUGGCAAGAAAAUCUGGCUCAAGGAUGCUAUGCAGUGUCGUGAAUGUUUCAUGUGUUGCCACAAGAAAUGUAUCAACAAAUGUCAGAAUGCCACAGUUUGUGGCCCGGUGGAUUGUUCAACAGCCCUGCAGACACAAACACAGACGCCUCUGGUACAAACACCAGAAUUUAUGGUAACUGAAGCAGAUAUUGAUGUGGCAGUAGAACCAGAUUGUGACAAUAUUUCCAAUGCUGGUGCUGAAAAUGGGACAAAGGCGAAUGCCACAUCCGGCAGCAGUGGCACCACAAAUGCCACAACUCCAAACAACUUGGAGGUACAUCGUUCAAGUUUGACCGGAUUAUUGGCACAGGGAAUUAAGCGGGUGAAUUCCGCCAAUAAUCUUGCCAUACCUGGCAUAGUAUCGACAAUAGCUGGAGUUUCGAGUAGUUCGACAGCGGCGGCGGCAACAUCAGGAUCGGCAAGUGGCAGCACCACAGCGACACCAAGUUCCAUGGCAAAAAGUUUACCACCAAGUCCCCAGCAUACACCAUGUCGGAAAGCAUCGUUAGCACCCUCGGCCCCAAAUACAUUCGAUUUAGUCACCCAGCGUUUGGAAGCAUUGCCCGUUGAUGUUCCCAGUUUUACACCCGAACAAGUGGUCUCGAUUACCGAACAUAUUAUACAAUUGUCCAUCGACGAGGAUGUCAUGAGUCUGGCUAAAAAUGCCAGCAAACAAUUGUACAGUAAUUUGAGCGGAAACGAACGGGUCGAGAAAAUCAAUUUACUGUUAACAAAACUUCGCAUGGCCUUGGACAGUGAGACGGCAAUACAUUCGAAUUUGGCAGCCAAUAUAAAAAAUACCAACAAUGACGCCCCAACUAAUGCCUCGACGGCAGAAGGUUCAGUGCAAAACAACAAAUCAAAUAUUUUAGGGAAAUCUGAGGAGCGCAUUCAGGCUCUUAGCGUUAUAAUGCUGUAUCUGUGUACGGGUCUGCAACAUGCCCAAGGUGUAGCAAUGCAAUAAACCAUGGAAGCGAAAAGGAAGAUUAUACACCUUGCGUUUUAAAAACACUGAUACACUGACACACGGACACGAGUAUGGUCAGUUAAUCGUAUUAAUCGAAAAACAAACAAACAACUAUACACACAUAAGGCUGAAUUCAUUUCAAAAAAACUAAAA